AUGAGGAGAAUACAGCUUGUUAAAGAGAUACAUCCUUCAACCCAGGCUGGCUUCUCCAUCUCUCCGAUUGCUAAUAUGGAAAGCAGCAGGAGUGGCUGUGUUGUAGACCCACCUCGCUUUUCCCUGAAGCAAAUCAAGUUCCAUGGACUUCACCAGGUCUUCUCAGUGCACCUGUCCUGCCCACACCGUGCCUUUUGGCUGAUGGCUAUCCUGGCUUCCAUGGCCUUGCUCUUGACCUGGUCAUCCAACCGCAUCCAUUAUCUGCUUUCUUGGCCUGUUCACACCAAGCUGCAUAUCCUCUACUCCCCCAACCUGACCUUCCCCGCUGUCACCCUCUGCAACAACAACCUGGUGCUACUACGUCGUAUGAGUCGAGCGGAUCUCCACCUCGGGGGCUACUGGCUUGGUCUGCUCAACAAAAACUUGCAGCCCGCGCCUGCUGUGCAGACCCUCCUGUGGGACGCCCAGUGGCUCUGGUUGGGGAACCUGCUGGACUUCUCCCAUUAUCUGCCCCCCUUGCCACCACAGGAGCAAUCCACACACCGUUGGCUGGACCGGCUGGGCCACCAGCUCGAGGAAAUGCUGCUCUCCUGCCACUUUCAGGGUGAGCGCUGUGGCCCCCACAACUUCACCACUGUUUUCACCCGCUACGGAAAGUGCUACACCUUCAACUCCGGCCAGUCUGACAAGCCACCCCUCAUCACCAUGAAAGGGGGCACCGGCAAUGGCUUGGAGAUCAUGCUGGACAUUCAACAGGAUGAAUACCUUCCGGUCUGGGGAGAGACAGAUGAGACAUCCUUUGAAGCUGGGAUUAAAGUGCAAAUCCACAGCCAGGAUGAGCCACCCUUCAUUGACCAGCUGGGAUUUGGAGUGGCACCUGGCUUCCAAACAUUUGUGUCCUGCCAAGAGCAGCGGCUUAUCUACCUUCCUCCACCUUGGGGUGACUGCAAGUCAGUGACAGUGGAGUCUGAAUUCUAUGACACCUAUAGCAUCACUGCUUGCCGCAUCGAUUGUGAAACCCGCUACUUGGUGGAGAACUGCAACUGCCGUAUGGUGCAUAUGCCUGGUGACGCUCCCUACUGCACCCCUGAACAGUAUAAAGAAUGUGCAGAUCCAGCCCUUGACUUCUUGGUGGAGCGGGACAAUGAUUAUUGUGUAUGUGAGAUGCCUUGCAACGUCACACGCUACGGUAAAGAGCUGUCCAUGGUGAAGAUCCCCAGCAAGGCCUCAGCCAAGUACUUGGCCAAGAAAUACAACAAGAGUGAACAGUACAUUGGGGAGAACAUACUCGUUCUGGACAUUUUCUUCGAAGCUUUGAACUAUGAAACUAUUGAGCAGAAGAAAGCAUAUGAAGUAGCUGGACUGCUGGGUGACAUUGGGGGACAGAUGGGACUGUUUAUUGGGGCCAGUUUACUGACUGUGCUUGAGCUUUUUGACUAUGCCUAUGAGGUUAUUAAGUUCCACCUCUGUCGCCGUGACAAGUGUGAGAAGAAACACAAAGGGAACAACAGUGACAAGGGUGUUGCCCUGAGCCUGGAUGAUGUGAAGCGCCAUAAUCCAUGUGAGAAUAUCCGAGGCCAUCCAGCAGGCAUGACAUACGCAGCCAACAUCCUACCUCACCACCCAGCCAGAGGAACUUUUGAGGAUUUUACCUGUUAACUGACAACUGGAUGUACAACUAACACUACCAAAGGGAAGGGGCCAUGCUGAGCAGCUUUGGCCCGGGCCAGCCCGUGGACCUGCCAACAUUUUGCAGGGCCUCUAUCUCAGACUACUGGAGAGGCAGCCUCUCCUCAUCCAUCCGCCCCAGGCCAAUGCAGCGAUACGCACAUGGAGCCAGCUGGACAGAGGUGAGGCUCAGCUGCCAGAUCCACUCCAGUUUCUGUUCCAAUGACGCCCUUGAACUUUAAACAUAACAGAAGUGCUGCUGGAAGAAACCCCCCCACAGUAUCCAAUGGAGGUGAGGGCACAGCCUUCUCCGAUCCACAAACACUGAAGUCUUAACUGUGUGUCUCUCCUUCUGUAUCCGUCAUGCUCCUUAACCACAGUAAGCCUUGCGUGGCAGUGGUCAUUGUGUGCAAAGCCCUCUCUCUGUGUGUGUGUCUCUCUCUCUCUCUUUUAAUCCGAAUGCCAAGAAGAACCUACAGGAACAGAUAGAGCCAGACUGUUUCUGUGGAUUCUGUUUGUAGAGGCUACUUAUCUAUCGAAAGGAAGUGCUGCUUCAGUUCUCUUCCCCCCUCCCUUCUGACUGUGCACUGUGGGGAGGCCAACAACAAUCAUAGCCUUCCCUGGAGCAAGACUGCAACCAAACUGAGAGAGCCACUUCCGUAGGAUGUGCCGUCAUCUGCUCAUCCCAUCCAACUGGCAGCUUCUCAUUUGACCUGGCCUGGACUCUGCUCUUCUUGGAGCCCUUGCCUAUGCCAUCCAUCAUCCCAGUCCUCCCACGAGAAAGGCAGGUAGCAAAACUGAUCCAAAGGUUACAACAACAUUCGCAUGAUGAGCUACCUGGGCCCCUUCUGUGCAUGUUAUUAGGAAAGACGUGACAAUUCUUAAGUAGUGAGGUUCAGAGACAACAAGUUCUGCCAUUUCACAUAAUUCUCCGCAAUGUACAAAAGAGAUUGUUUCCAAAGAGGUCAUGCUUCAGGGUCUGUAGCUGCUAAUAGGAGAAGAAAGCAAUGCACCUGUCUCUUGAUUUGGGCUUCCCUCUUUAUUUCCCAUGGUAACAGGGGUAUCCCUUGCAGGCAGAAAUAAUGUGCCAACAUUACUUUGGCUGGCAGAAGCUUAGCGCUCGCUUUAGCAAGAAAGAAGGAACUUUUAAGGCAACGAUAAGGGUCGCUUGCUUUGGUACAGUGUGGAAACGACAUUGCCCCUUAGUUUUUAAGGGCAGAAAUAGUCCCUUCUCACCAUCAGCCAAGAUUUCAUAAGUAGGGAUUAAGAUGCCACUCUGAGACAUACACAUAGGGUCUCCAGGCAAAAUGCAUACAAAUGAUGCAAGGCAUUUCUUUAUUAUGCAUCAUUAGCAUACUGGCAAAAUAAAAGAAGUGUUAUGGGAAGAUUUUUCUCUGGAAUAUAUUCUCAAGUCAGACUCCCUGUUUUCUCCUAAAGAAAUUUCAAGUCCUAUUUUAUAACAGCCACUAUUACAACCCAGUCAUAGUCAACUAGUUAGGGUUUCGGCCAUUUAGCCACGAUACCGUCAAGCCAAGAUGAAUGGCUUGCAUUGGGGAGGAGCAUUUGCCGGCUGGGAAUGAUGGUGGGCAUUCUAGUAAAGCCACAGGUCAGGGAAGGUGGCAUGAGUUUCCUUUUUUGUAGCAAUUGCUUUUGUCUUGUCUUAAAUCGCCUAAACAACUUGUCCAUAGUGCCUGGUACUUCCCUGCUUGAGAAAGGCAGAGACAUCAGAAUGGAGGUUUGAUUUCCUUCCCCACUCCCCCAAAUCCCAAAUAGGCACCAUUUCAAUCCAAAUUAAGAAGAGCCUGGAUGUGUGGUUCUGUGAUGGUAGGCCGCACAGCCUACUCAAGAGACUGACAUCACCAUCAGUGAAAAGUUGUCCAGUUGCUUCUCCAAAAAUGAACUGACAUGACUUUGUCCUGUAAGUGUUCCACUUACUGUAUUCCAAGCCAUCCUGGUGAAAAGCCUUUCAGAAUUUUAUAAUAGGCUAUAGUUUGAUAAGAAUGAGAAUCAGAAACAGCAGUGUCUUCCUCACCAUAACCUUUAAAAAUUUGCUUCUGGUAGCGAUGUGGUUUCUUCUCCACUGUUGUUAGUUCAGCCACUCUCCAAGGAGCCCAAAUCAACAGAGCUGCCCAUACUGUGAUAAACACCCUCUGGAAUCUGGACAGGUUAAGUUUGGGGAGAAAUCUUGCUUUUUUAAAACGAAAUCAGAAAAAUAAGCCUGGAUUAUCCGGGAUCAUCUGUAUUGAUGUACUGAUGCAUGUUCAGCCUUGCUAAGUAGCAGGAGACGAGGUCUACACUUUCUCUGUGCUUCAUGAGCUUACAAGUAUAAAGAGAAAUGGGAAACAAAUGACCUUUUGAUUACAUUAAGGGAAUUAAUUCCAAGAACUGAGGAAAAAAAUAAGCUUCUGUGUAUUUCCAGGUGUCCGUUCACAACACCAAAGGAUCUUGAUGGCACUUGGACUUCCCACCCUCUCUGCCAUAUAAACAAACUGUAUUUAAACUGCCUCUAAGACUCAAAGCUGCCAGAUGGGGAGAAGCCCAUGGACACUGGGUUCCCUGCCCCCCACUUUUAGAGGAACUCAUCCCCCUUUCAGCCUGGGACACAAACAUGGCAUCUAGUGCCUGCCCUAGUCUUUGGCACAUCCAGCCUCCUUUUCUUAAUAUUAUUAACGUAGACCUGCUUCAUGCGCAGCACCCAGGGCCAAAGUUCUCCUUAUCUUUAAGAGCUUUUGCAAUACAAUUGCUCUUUUUUUAAGCUUUAUUUUACUUGGAUCCUGAUCAUUCCAGAAUUGAAUGUAUUUGUUCAUUGGGUGGGCUGUUGUGUUAACAGAUUUCCCAAAGAUAGUAUGAUCUGCCACGGCCAAUUCCCCCACACACAAACACACACAAAACUUUCUAAAGUGUUCUUUGCCCAAAAGCAUUUUGUUUAUUCUGCGGUUUUUAUUGGCGUCAUUGUAUUUUACUGCUUGAAAACUUUUGAAGAUAGGGCUUACAUUUUGACCUUCUGUCUCCCAUUUGUCUAUCCAUUUUUACUAUUUCAUGCUCAUGUUAUAUUUCUUAUAUAUAAAAUAUGAUUAUAUACAGUAUAUACAUAUAUAUAUAUACACAGACACACAGACACGUGUGUAUAUGUAUAUAUACAUACAUAUACACACUCAAACACAUACCCGCACAUAUGUCAUGUCUAUGUAUAUAUCCAUUCAGUAGCAUCAAAAGCCUUGAUAUUGUGCCAUUAUAACUUUUUUCCAAACUACCAAUCUCUGAAUGCCUUCAAAUGUAUAAAAUGUUGAAUUCUCUCUGGUAUAUGUACUAUGUACACAUUUUCAUAGGAAGCACAAGAAGAAGAAAAACGCAUUGUAUAUCAAAACUUGCUCCUCUAACAAUGAUAUAAAGGACAAAACCAACCCCUGGAGACUCAGCCUUUUCCUCUUUCACUUUUCUGUAAUCUAUCUUUCCUUCCUUCCUUCUCUCUCUCUCUCUCUUUCUUUGUGUUUUGAUAUCUUCCAGCAUAGGAACAUCUAGAAGAGAGAUGAAAAAGUCAAGAUGGCCCCAGCAACUGUCCAUUCAAAUCCCUAUCCCUUUUUUGUGUACAACAUAAUUAAAAGAGACAGGGUUCUCUCUGAUUGUACACAGUUGCAGCCAACAUUGUGACUUCAUCACCCAAUAGAUAACUCUGCUGUGACAGCACCAUACUAAUUUAAGGUGGUAAGAUCAACAAGCAUCCACAAGCAAAACCAAAAUAAUAGCAGGUUUUUUUAAAGGCAACAAUUUUGAUCAAAAUAUGUAAUGCUGAAACUCUCCAGCAACAAAGCAGAAUAGCCUUCAUUCAAAUGGUACUAGGUAAGUUUUUCAAAAAAUCUUUGAUUAGUUUACAUACCAUGCUCAAACUACUUUAACCAUGUUCACUGAAUACAUCAGAAUUCAUGCAACACAGACAUUAAUCCUAUUUUACAAACCAGAAACCAUGAUGGCUGCUCUCACAAAAUGUAAAGCACAAUAUUGUUUAGUGUAAUGUAGGAACAUUGUCUCUCACUAUGUGUAUUUGUAUGUGUGUGAAUGCGUGAAUAGAUUUCAGCGUAUAAUAUGUGAAAUUACUUUAGAUACAUCUGAACAAUGUCACCUCCAUCUGUAUGUCGGUCAGAACAAAAAAGUUAUUAGGAAUGCUUGGUCACCCAUUACUAUUUUAACUUUGGAGUCCUUGCUCACAGAAUUACAAACACAUAAAUUGCAACCUGCACUAUAGAUGCAUUGAGCUGGUUUCCUUUUUAUAAGUAUCAAUAUCUUAGAGAAGAUGGCAGAAUAUUAAAAAAAAAUCACAGAUAUAUUUAGAAAAACAUCUGUCAUUUUUUAAGAACAGUUGUACAAGUCAUCAGGAAAAAUUUUGAAACACAAACUAACCAUCACAUUUUAGCUUAAAUGUGUUGGGCAAAUCCAACCCAAGUCAUUAAUUUAUCAUUCAGGAGAUCAUGUUACUCAGAAAACCAAACUAAGUAA